AACAUUCGGAGUGUGGUCCAAAGUUUAAAACCCCGCCCGACUCAGCUUGGAUAAUAACAAUUCCCAGCAACCCGCACACUCCUUAUUUUCGCUCUUUCUCCGACGGGUGAAAAAAAGGAAGGAAAGGCAUCGAAAAACUUAUUGAACAACCGCAACAAUGGCCCCAAUACAGCACAAGGCGUUGAUCAACUGCGAUAUGGGCGAGGCUUAUGGCAACUGGGCCUGCGGACCCGACCUCGAACUCCUCCCCAUGGUCGAUAUUGCCAACAUUGCCUGCGGUUUCCACGGCGGUGAUCCCCUCAUCAUGAUGGAAACCGUCCGAAACUGCAAGGCUCAUAACGUUCUUAUCGGGGCGCAUCCUGGACUGCCGGAUCUUCAAGGGUUCGGAAGACGGGAGAUGAAGCUUUCCCCCGAAGAGCUCACGGCCAUCACCAUCUACCAGGUGGGCGCAUUGCAAGGUUUCUUGGACCGGGAGGGAGUCCGGUUGAAUCACGUGAAACCGCAUGGGGUGCUUUAUGGGAUGAUGUGCCGCGACUAUGAGGUGGCCAAAGCGGUGAUGCAGGGAAUCCCCAAAGGGGUCCCUGUUUUCGGGCUUGCGGGGACCCAGAUGGAGAAAGCGGCCAACGAUCUGGGAAUCGAGUUUUGGGCGGAGCUUUAUGGGGAUGUCAAGUACGAUGCUAAAGGAAUGCUCGUGAUCGAUCGGAAGAAGAAGCCGUGGGAUCUAAAGGACGUGGAACGACACGUGAGUCAGCAGGUGGAAGAGCAGUCGGUCACUGCGGUGGAUGGGACUGUGGUGCAAUUACCUCUGAAAGACUACCCGUUGUCAAUUUGUUGCCAUUCUGAUUCUCCAAGCUGUGUGGACAUCAUCAAGACGACCCGAAAGGUGGUGGAUGCCUUUAACCAAAAGUAUGGGAAAUGACCGUGUCGGCGAUGACGUAUGUAUAUACGGGCAUGUACAAAAUCAAUAAUAUCGAA